AUAAAGCCGAGCGCUUCCCCUGGCAGCCACAACAGCGCCCAGACACGGACAGGCAGAUCAUCCGUGGGCUCAAACUGCAGGUACACCUUCGCUACUGGCAUUUUGCCCAUUCGGACCUUACAGACUCCGCGAGAUUGGCUACGUUAGCCUUCGGUCUUCCUUUGAGAUGGUAUCUCAGGAUCUCGCUCUAGGCAGACACCAAACUUGGAACAUCUUUAUAAAAGGCCAGAGAUGCAUGGUCUUGAUAAAGGUAAGUCCGAUCACAAAUGCGACAAACAAGCACAAUCGACCUUUCAACAACCAUGAACAAUCUUCGCAUUGCUAUUGUUGGCGGCGGUCCCGCUGGCCUCACCUUGGCUAGACUCCUCCAGGUCAACAACAUCUCUUGUACAGUUUUCGAGCUCGACCACAGCCCAAGUGACAGAGACCAGGGCGGCUCGAUUGACCUGCACCCGCAAGGCGGACAGCUCGCCCUGCGGGAAGCCGGUCUCUUUGAUGAAUUCAAAAUGCUUUCACACCCCGAAGCCGAGGCUUUGAAACUCGUCCGACCAGAUGGUAGCGUCAUCCACGACGAGAAUCUUCCUGGCAACCAACGGAGGCCCGAACAGUACUCGAAUCGACCAGAAAUUGAGCGUGCCAAACUACGCGACCUACUCCUCGAGUCUCUGCGACCCGAUACGGUCGUCUGGGGCAAAAGGCUCAUAUCCGUAGAAAAGUCGUUCUCCAAUCCUGGAAAAUACGAUCUGCAAUUCCAAGAUGGCACCGAAAAGGACUAUGAACUCGUUGUCGGUGCGGACGGCGCGUGGUCCAGAGUGCGGCCCAUUCUCACCGAUCAGCAACCCAUCUACUCGGGCAUCACGGCCAUCGAGUUGUGGGCCAACGACGUCAACGAACGCCAUCAGUGGCUGGGUGACUUCGUCGGAGCUGGAAGUUUGUUCAUGUUUGACGAAGGCCGUGCGAUACAAGCUCAGAGGAACGGCGACAACAGUAUCCGGAUCAUGGUUAGUGUGCGGCAGCCCGAGAAUUGGCUGGACACAUGCGGUAUCGACUGGUCUUCGCCUGAGGAUGCCAUGAGGAAAUACCUUGACGAAUACUUCAAGGGUUGCGCACAAGAUCUGAUCCGAGCUUGCCUCGACUGCAACGACCAGAUGGUGACGAGGAAAUUGUUCAUGCUUCCCAUCGGUAUGAGGUGGGAGAAUCGUCCUGGCGUAACGCUCGUGGGUGAUGCAGCUCACUUAAUGACCCCUUUUGGUGGCGUGGGCAUGAAUCUGGCCAUGAUCGAUUCCUUGAACCUCGCAAAAGCCAUUGCGGCUUGUGACGGUAGUACCGGCGGCCUUGAGAAGGCUAUCAACGACUAUGAACAGGAGAUGUUGGCUCGUGCGGAACAGUUCGCAAACCGAACAUGGAAAGGCUUGGAGAAUCAUUUCAGCGCAGGUGGUGGUGAAGCAUUCGUCCGCCGCGCCUUAGGUGGUGGAAAGUGAGAUCAGGCCUGGCUGCAUGAGAGAGCUUGUACGUUUACUUGAAUGGACACCCACGACACCCAACUUAGCGUUUGUUUCUUUUGAAAGGGUUCGGGAUACCCCCGUUAACUUAGAAUACUGUACUAAUAC